GCAGAGGCAGAGGCAAUCAUCGCAUCGUACAACGUAUUGAUCAACUCAAAUACAUGCAUGCAUAUGCAUACGCAUACUCCCCACUCCAUUCCUAUUAUGUUGAACCCUAGUUUUCAACCUUGUCCCGCUUCCAUUACCUUCCUUGAAAAUCGUACAAAGAAAAAGCCUUUCUAACGGCUUCGGCAUCCAGCCUCACCUCUUUUCGCUGCAUCACAACCCACCAUCACUACCAACACUAUUUCCUUCUCUCUACAGAUCCCAACAGUCCGAAGAAAGGGUAAACAUUGCCGGAACAAGUUCUUGAAAGCCAAAGCGCGCCAUGAGAUCUGCUUAGAGAAGAGGCCUGCUUUCAUCUUCAACUUCAUUUUCACCUCCAUUCUCCUCCGCCUUGACCUCGUUCCGCGUCUCAUUCAUUCGUCAUGACCGGCAGACACACCGACCCUUACGGCCGAGGUCAUGGUCUUGGUCAUGGUCAUCCUCGGCCUCCCCCUGGAAUUCCAGCUCCGACGCCUGAUUUGGAGUAUAGACUACGAAAUCUCAUCAUUUCCAACGCGGCACCUGCCGAGGCAUCUACCCAAUCUACCCAGUCUACCCAUUCGUUCGCCGACCAGUCCCCUGCACCCGUAUCUCUCCCUAUCCCUUUCAGCGUGCCAGCAGCAACUUCUGGGGCCGUCCCAUCUCCAGCAUACCAAGGUCAGGGAACCCUUCCGGCUCCAGCUUCUCCUGGCGACGUCUUGGGACCUCAAUCAGCACAUACACCCUCGAAGGCGUCCAGAAAGCGCCCCAACCAAGCUCAGCGCCGCCAGAUGAGCUCGCAGCUGCUCAUCCCCAUCGAUCAUCGGCCUACGCAACCCUGGACUAGUCGACGUCCGGGGAGUCACGGCGGCCACGGCGGUCACGGUAGUCACGGGAGCUAUGGGAGUCACCCGCAAAGCCGAGGUCAAGGUCAAGCUCUUCUCUCUCAGAGUCCGAGAGCCCCGUAUUCUCAUCCCACGGCUCACUCUGAUCACUCGGCCCCGGCAAACUCUUGGAUCAACUCAGGUCGUCAUCAACAGCAGCAUCAUCAAUACGAUCAAGCCCAGAGGCAGGGUGCUCCCCAAGCACCACAUCACCCUCAUCCCAUGAACCGCCAUCCCACGAACCGCCAUCCCAUGAACCCCCAUCCUAUUCCGAGUAUGCCGCCGGGACUGUCUGGGGACAUGCCUGCUUCGUCUUUCCCCCGCCGCAGCCAUCACGCCAACGUAUACGAACCUCACAAUGUCAACACUCGUCCCGAGCAGCUCGAGGCCCAAUCAGCCUUCCUAGAGCACCUCUGCCAUACCAUUCUCAGAGACGCCGAAAUCGACCGAGACGACAUCAUUGAAAAGGAGGCUUUUCGCUUCAGGAUCGAGGAUAUCUGCCGCAAAGCCAUUGCCGAGCACGAAGAGCAAACCCACCGCAAACUCGGCUUCCCACAUGCUUCCGUAAGCCUCAAGUGCUUCGGCAGCCUCUCCUCCGGAUUUGCCACCAAGGCCUCAGACAUGGACCUUGGUCUCCUAUCCCCCUGCUCCCAACCGCAGCCUGACGACCCCGCCUCGGAAAUUCCUCGCCUCAUCGAGAAAGCCUUCCUCACCCAUGGCCUUGGAGCGCGCCUCCUGACUCGUACCCGUGUUCCUAUCAUCAAGGUAUGCGAGAAGCCCAAUGAAGGCCUCUUGCGCGACUUGCUCGAAGCCAGAGAAACCUGGGAGGCGGGCAUCGACCCUAGCCUGGACGACCACGACGGAGACCAGCUCGAACUGGAAGCCUCGACCGAAACCCAGAGAGGAGGCGACGAACCCCCGGCUUCGACCGUGGCGACCGUGGCGACCAUGGCGGCGAACAGUUCCUCGGCUACGGCGGAGGAGGAGGCGGAGACCAGUAUCAUCACCUCAUCACUAGAGGGUUCCGCGUCUUUCAAGCUCCGCCAGUCCGAAGGUCAAUCCCUUGCCGCAUACCACAUCACCGCCAAACGCGUUCUGCGGCGUUUGCAAGGACGGGACCUUACAUUGUCCAACUACCGAGAAUUCUCCAGAGACGAGUUCGAACUCCUGAACAGAGUCUGCGCCGCUUUUAUCCAAGGGCUUCGCGACCCCGUCCUCAAGGCAAGACUACAAACAUACCCGUCCAUCAGCUCUCUUGCUUUGCGGCCGUCCGCAAGUGACGCUGGCCACGAUGGCCGCCACUCCCUUCUCGGUGUAUUCUCACAAGCCGAGGGCGAAAAGCUUGUUAUGCUGUGGGAGAACCGCGGGACCCUUGAAAAGAACUCGGACCAGGAGAAAAUGGCCGAAGGAACCGUCAAGAGCUGGAAGCUGACCCAGAGCCGAGACACCUUCGCCAUUGAUCCCCUCCUAUUCACAAAGCAGGUCCAGAUACAUCUGGAGAAACUCAAGAAGAUCAACUCGAUCCAGCUACUCACACUCCAACAAGAUCAGGGCGAAUCGGCCAGCGAGUACUAUCACCGCGCAGCGCGAAUCGUUGCCGGACUAAAGCCGUCGGACUUUCUCGACUCGGGGAGCUUCCGCGAGCUGGUCGUUCAUCAUUACGUGACGGGCAUCUGGUCCCACGAACUUCGAAGUGAUAUCGAUGGCUUUGUCAAGAACUACGACGAGCCUCCCGCCCUCGACACUGUCGGUCGUCGCCACAAGAGCCUCCAGUUGGCCAUGGAGCUAGAGAAGGCCAUCGAGAAAGACCUCUACGGGGAGCCGCCCCUGGUUGAGCAUAUCCAACGCUACAUCUCCCUUCUCCGCAGCCCCAUGGAGCUCAGAUCAUCCCCCGACGGACGUGUCGGCUACGUUGUUCCCAUAGCAGAUUGGUCCCUCCUCGACUUGAUCCAAAACAUCCCCGACCCGUCCAAGAUGGCGCCUAACCAGCCACGCGACCGCUAUCGUGACAAACUCGAGUUUCCCGAGACGGGUGCCGGUGUCCAAUGUGAUAUCAAUUUCUCCGCCCAUCUCGCCCUGCAUAACACCCUCCUCCUCCGGUGCUACUCGCAUACGGACCCUCGCGUGCGCCCGCUCGUCCUCUUCGUCAAGCACUGGGCCAAGAUGCGCGGCGUCAACACUCCUUACCGCGGUACCCUCAGCAGCUACGGCUACGUCCUCAUGAUGCUCCACUAUCUCGUCAACGUCGUCCAGCCUUUUGUCUGCCCCAACCUCCAGCAGCUCGGUCCGCCCCCUCCCCCGUCCUCGUUGCGGGACGACGACCCCGACCACCCGGCCCGUGCCGACGAGACCCUCUGGUGCCGCGGCCACUACGUCGGCUUCUGGCGCGACGAAGCCGAGAUCCAGCGCCUCGCGAGCCUCGGCCAGCUCAACGGCAACCGCGACUCCGUGGGGAAGCUCCUCCGCGGCUUCUUCGAGUACUACGCCCAGACGGGCCACAUGACCACGUACCCGGGCGUCCGCGGUUUCGACUGGGGCCGCGACGUCCUCAGCCUGCGCACCCCGGGCGGCCUGCUCUCGAAGCAGGCCAAGGGCUGGACGGGCGCCAAGACCGUGGUAGAGAUUCGUAAUAACGGCGAAAGCCCUGCCGCCGCCACGUCUACCGCGGCUGGGCCCUUGCAGUCUGCCUCGGCCUCGGCCCCGACGGCGGCCGGACCCCACGGCCACCCGAACCAGCACCCCGCGGGCGUCGACGUCAAGGAGAUCCGCCUCCGGUAUCUCUUCGCCAUUGAAGACCCCUUCGAGCUGGACCACAACGUCGCCCGUACGGUGACGCACAACGGCAUCGUCUCCAUCCGGGACGAGUUCCGCCGCGCUUGGCGCAUCAUCAAGGCGGCCGGCAACCCGGAGGCGGUGGCGCAGGGCCGGGUCAGCAACCCUGGAGAGCUCCUCCAGGACGUCAACGAAGUCCAGAUGAAGGAUGACCGUGCCAAUUUCCUCAGGCUGCUGUCGGAUAUCCACGGGUUAGACGGGACGCCUGUUGGGGCUGUCUGAAAGGAUGUCUUGGAGGUCCGGUGGGAGACUGUUAGUUAGGUGUUCUUUUUUUUUCCUUUUUUUUUUUCUAUUUCGUUGACUGUACCUACAUCGAGUUGGGAUGCAGGUGCGCAUUGUUCUGAAUAUUUUGCCUCUUUAUGGUUAGGAGAAAAGGUCUUGGAUGGGAUGACUACGGUACCCGCACGAGAGAUGAGAGACGAGAGAUGCAACACAAUAUUGGCAGGGGUUUCGCAAAUUCUGUAUUAUUAUCUGGAUUUUUGUAGACUCAUGCACCUCACUUCCUCUUCGCCGAACGAAGGUGUCAGGCAUGUCUUGAAUGGAACAGAGAGAGAGAGAGAAUAGCACGGGGAUCAGAAAGAGUAAUGUUCGAAAAGUUCUCUUGCCCCUCACAC